AUGGUAGAGUGCCAUAAAGAGGUCAAGAAGGUUGAUGGAUUAUUGCUUGAUGUCCAGAAGAAUAUUGAUUGUUUAUUGGGUGCUUCACGAACUUUGGUUAAAGAUGUAUGUGUGUUUAACGUGGAAUAUAAAGAGACACUUCAGAAGAAGAAUAAAGGUGACGAAACUUUGUUCAAAGUCUUUGAGAAUUCUAUGACUACUUUCCAUAAGAAAAUGUCAAAGGUUGUUGCUACCUCCGAAACUUUGAUAUCUGAAGCACUUCUCAACAAAGUUAUAUCUUCAAUUGAAGGUUGUUUCAAUAUCUUGGAAGUUGUAUUUAUUCUACCCAUAAUUGCUCCACAUGUUAUGCAAGUGUCACAAGCUGCAGAAAAGGGUGGAUCGUCGAAGCUUGGAGGUGAAGAUAAAGGAAAAAUGUUUGGAAAGUUUAAGCUUGCUAAUAAUUUUCAUGAAGAUGAACAUUUCAAGUUCAUGGAGAUGAGAUUUCAUGCGGUGUUGGUUCAAAAGGAAGAACAAUUAUGGUGCUUGAAAAGAUUAUCAAGUUAA